GAAUGUUCCAGAUAAUCCCUUUCCCAGUCCUGCCUGACAUCUGGGUAGGGGGUUUGUCCCUGGACUUCUGGGACACUGGCUGGGGUUGGAGGAGAGAAGCCAGUACCUACCUGGCUGCAGGAUGAAGCUGGCCAGUGGCUUCUUGGUUUUGUGGCUCAGCCUUGGGGGUGGCCUGGCUCAGAGCGACACGAGCCCUGAUGCAGAGGAGUCCUAUUCAGACUGGGGCCUUCGGCACCUCCGGGGAAGCUUUGAAUCUGUCAACAGCUACUUCGAUUCUUUUCUGGAGCUGCUGGGAGGGAAGAAUGGAGUCUGUCAGUACAGGUGCCGAUAUGGAAAGGCACCAAUGCCCAGACCUGGCUACAAGCCCCAAGAGCCCAACGGCUGCGGCUCCUAUUUCCUGGGUCUCAAGGUACCAGAAAGUAUGGACUUGGGCAUUCCAGCAAUGACAAAGUGCUGCAACCAGCUGGAUGUCUGUUAUGACACUUGCGGUGCCAACAAAUAUCGCUGUGAUGCAAAAUUCCGAUGGUGUCUCCACUCAAUCUGCUCUGACCUUAAGCGGAGUCUGGGCUUUGUCUCCAAAGUGGAAGCAGCCUGUGAUUCCCUGGUUGACACUGUGUUCAACACCGUGUGGACUUUGGGCUGCCGCCCCUUUAUGAAUAGUCAGCGGGCAGCUUGCAUCUGUGCAGAGGAGGAGAAGGAAGAGUUAUGAGGAAGAAGUGAUUCCUCCUUGGUUUUGAGUGACACCACAGCUGUCAGCCUUCAAGAUGUCCAUCUUCGAGUCAGCAUGACUCAUUCGUUCUUCCAACAGUUUGGACACCACAAAGCAGGAGAAAGGGAACAUUUUUUUACAGCUGGAAAGUGAGUCCUAUCCUUUGAGGAAAUUUGAAAAAAGACAUGGAGUGGUUUGAAGGCUACUCUUCAUUUAAGACUGCUCUCCCCAACCAAGACACGUUUGCCUGGAAAUUCAGUUCUUAGCUUAAAGACUAAAAUGCAAGCAAACCCUGCAAUUCCUGGACCUGAUGAUUAUAUUCAUGAGUGAAAUUGUUUCAUGAGUGAAAUUGUGGGGAGUUCAGCCAUUUGGGAGGCGAUGACUUUCCGCUGGCCCAUGUUUCAGUUGCCAGUAAGCAUCUCACAUUUAAUAAAGUGUACUUUUUAGAACAUUUGGAAAGAGAUGAAUGAAUUCCAUUAUCACCAAUAUGCUUCCAUUUCACUUAGAAGAGACCAAAACCCAACCUGGUAAGUUCCACCGAUGACCACAGUUAUUCCCACUGAUGCUAAACAGAGAAAAACAGGUGGGCAGGCUCAGAGGCUUACCUGAUUAAGGCCAAUGGAGGGGAAGGUCAGAUGGAAUUAGGUCUCUGAGGAUUCAUUUUUCCCUCCGGUGACCUACCCCUGUUGGUAUUACCAGUUACUAAAUGGUGUUAGAGUCAUGCUAAGAUCUGAGAUGUACUUGGUAAGAGUUACUAAUGGAGCUAGCUAGGAAAAGUCCCUGCAGCCUGUCGGGAGUGAGAGACAAGUGGCCAUUCCCUAACUUGCGGGUCUCAACCCUAACCAUGGAUUAGAAUCACCUGAGGAUCCUUU